AUGGACAUCGUCAAGAGCCUCGUACAGCCGCUCAUUGGUGGCGGAGCUUCCAACUCCAUGAUUGACGGAGUCAAGCUCGUCGUGCUCGGCGGCACCGUCGAGACCGCGCGCCGUAUGAGCAGUUCAGCAUGGUCAUCGUUCGUUAACUCGUUCUUUCUCACUGCGCACUUCAGCGAAGAAGACAUGCCCUACGACUGGCUCAUGCUGUGGCUCUCUCGCCGCCCCGAGUGGCAGCGCUCGCGCGAGUUCGAGACGACAACCUCGAGCUCCAGCCCAGGCUUCUACGGCUACCGUGAAUCCGAGUCACUCAUGUUCGAAGACGACGAAGCGCCGCAAGAAGAGGAAAGCCUGAACGGGAAACGCCGCGCGCGCGUCGUAUUCCAGCCGACGGCAGACACCACCCACACCAUCUUCUACCGCGGCCACUGGCUGCGCGUCAGCCGCGGAAGGAAGCCGAAUGGCUAUGAGCUGCUCUCCAUCUCCGUCGUCGCGAGGAACAACACCGUGCUCAAGCAGCUCGUGCUCCAGGCCAAGCGCGAGUACGAGGCCGAGGCCGUUCACAGGAUCCAGAUCUACUUUGCCGAUACGUAUGGAUCGUGGCGCUGGACGGACAGCCGGCAUAAACGCCCGAUGUCGAGCAUCGUGCUCAACGCGGGCGUCAAGGAAAUGCUCAUCGCCGACACGAAGGACUUCCUGCGCUCUGAGAAGUGGUAUGCUGACCGCGGAAUCCCCUUCAGGAGAGGCUACCUUCUCUAUGGUGUACCCGGAUCGGGCAAAUCUUCGCUCAUCCACGCCAUUGCGGGCGAGCUUACUCUGGACGUCUACGUCGUCUCCCUCUCUUCGUCAUGGAUCAAUGAUAGCACAUUAACGACGCUCAUGGGCCGCGUGCCCGCACGUUGUAUUGUCUUGCUCGAGGAUCUCGACGCAGCGUUUACGCGCAGCACGAGCCGUGAAGAGAAGAAGAAGAAGGACAAGGAGCGCGCCAAGAAGGAGAGGUCGAACGGCGAUGAAAGUGACGAUGAGACUACGACUACCACGAGCCAUCGCCACCGCCGUCGCGGGGCUGUCAAGAGCACAGAUGCUAUCUCCGAUGUAAACACCCUUACGCUCUCGGGUUUGCUCAACGCACUGGACGGCCUCGCCGCGUCUGAGGGCCGUCUGCUCUUUGCAACGACAAACCACCUCGAGAAGCUCGACCCUGCGCUCUGCCGCCCGGGUCGCAUGGACGUCUGGAUCGAGUUCAAGAACGCUUCAAAGUGGCAAGCCAAGGGUCUUUUCCAGAACUUCUUCCCCGCCGCCGACGGCGAGUGCGAUUCCGAGUCAAUCGCUCUCGAGAUGCCCUCGCCUCCUUCCCCCGCUCCGGCACCGGGAACACCCAGCAGCACUCUGAGCAGCCUCUUCUCCGAGACCUUCGCCGGCCUUUCAUCAGCAUCAUCCUCAGCCGCAUCACCUUCAACGCCGUCAACUUCCCGCCGCGGAUCCGUCGCCCAGACGCCAACUAAGAGCCUCGACGAAAGCGCCGAGGCCGAGAAACGCGCGAUGGAGGAGCACCUCGCGGCCUGCGCAGCAGCCCGCAAGCCACUGAGCGCAGCCCAGCUCGAGCGCCUCGCCUGCGUCUUCGCCGAGAACAUCCCGGACGAGGAGUUCAGCGUCGCGGCGCUGCAAGGCUACCUGUUGAAGAACAAGAGCCGGCCUGAGGCUGCGGCGCACGGUGCGGCUGCGUGGGUCAUCUCCGAACGUGAGCUUCGUGAGAAGCUUCGCAAGGAGCGCGAAGCACGCAAGGCCGAGGAGGAGCGCGAGGAGAAGGAGCGCGAGGCAGCUGAACUCAAGGCUGCCGCAGAAGCCGCGGCUGCGGCUGCGAAGGCUGCAGAACCUGUGACCGUGGUCGCCGUUCCCGCUCCCGCGCCCGUCCUCGCGAGCCCUGUCGUCGCUCCCGUGGCCGACGAAAACACAGCGCCAGUGUCGACACCCACGGAGGCGGUCGAGGCGAGCACGACGUGGGUCCAGGUGACCGACGCCGAGCCUCCCAAGGCCACUGAGACAACAGAGUCGACUAACGCCGAGAACUGA